AUGGGACUGGUUGGUCAGCAGUAUGCUUGGGUGCUAACGGCCUCAACGGUCGGCGACCUUUCAGUGUCAACAGUUGCAGCAUCUUUACCGCCGGGCAUCCUUGAGAGAGAACGCUCCCGAAGCAGCGAGAUUGAGACACGCUAUCCCGUUAGUUUCACUGAGUAUGGCGUUGUAGCAAACGGGGAAUUAUUUCUGGUGAAUGUUCGACCGCAGAAUGAAGUCGGUCAGCGAACAUUUCGUCGUCCUGCUCACCAGGGGAAUACGGUAGGUAGGAUAUAUCCUAAAGUAGAAAACAGAGAAACCGUUCUUGCAAUCGAAACCAACGAAAUAAUUUGGCCGGGACUUCAAGCCACACCACCUAUUGGACGUCCCGAAAAACGGUUCUUCCGAUUAGUAACGAAAGAAGAAAAGCCCUUCGUCAUGUUCGUUGCCCCAGACGCAGUCACUGGUGAAUGCGGACACCAUGCUGUGCCUUGCUUGGUUAAAGCCACUAGUACUGAAAACGCUAAUAUUACAAACGAGAACGGGACAGUUAAUUACUGCUGCACUGGAUUCUGUAUUGAAAUUCUUCAAGUCCUUGCAGAUCGAAUGAACUUUGAUUAUGUCAUAUACGAAGUGCCAGAUAGCCAGUGGGGAAUACCAGACGAGAAUGGCACAUGAAACGGAUUAGUAAAGGAGAGUUUGGACGAAAAAGCAGACAUGAUUUUGACAGCCUUUGUUAUAAACAAAGUGAGGAACUCCAUCAUCGAUCUUUCUUCUCCAUUUCUGGAAUCCGGAAUAACCAUCAUGGUAUCCAUUAGAAAAGGCGCGAUUUCACCUUACGCUUUUCUCGAACCGUAUGAUAUCCAUUCGUGGAUUUUAAUCUUGAUAUUCAGCGUCCAUGCUUCGGGUGCUUCAAUUUUUAUAUUUGAAUGGUGGAGCCCAUCAGGGCUAGACCAGGGAAUGACGUCAUCAGUGGAACACCGUUUUUCUCUGUUCCGCUCAUUCUGGCUCAUAUGGGCCAUGUUAUUUGGUGCCUCGGUCUCGAUCGAUGUUCCGCGUGGAGUAUCCAGUCGUUUUCUGGCUAACGUCUGGGCGCUGUUUGCACUGGUCUUUCUUGCCAGUUACACUGCUAAUUUAGCUGCUUUCAUGAUAACCAUUGAUGAGUAUUACAAGUUGUCUGGGAUUGAAGAUUGGCGGCUUUUGCAUCCCACUAAAUUGACACCCCAUUUUAAAUUCGCCACCAUACGGCAUAGCAGUACAGACAUGAAUCUGAAACUAACAUACCCGCGUAUGCACAAAUACAUGUCCAAAUACAGUCAGCUUGACGUGGAUACUGCGGAAAGGAACCUUAAAAAUAAUACUAUACACGCGUUCAUUUACGAUGCCAAUGUCUUGGAAUACAUGGCGGGUCGAGACCCUGGGUGUUCGCUGCUGACAGUUGGUCGCUGGUAUGCGAUGUCUGGAUACGGCAUUGGCAUGCAGAGAGGUUCACCCCUUCGUGAGGAAGUUACUGAGAUCCUCCUAAAUAUGCAACAUUCAGGUGAAAUAGAGCGGAUGCAGGCAUUUUGGCUGUCCGGUGCCUGCCACGCAAAGAAAGACAAAAAAGGACAAAAAGAAAGUAACAAAAUUGGAAUUCUCAACUUUAUAAGUGCAUUCAUACUGUUAGCUGCUGGUGUGCUGUUGGGAUUGAUUCUUUUGAUUUUAGAGCAUCUAUACUUUAAAUCUGGUCGGAAGUGUUUGAAGAAAUAUGACAAGUGCGGAUGUUGCGCAUUCGUUAGCCUUAGUUUGGGUAAGUCGUUAACAUUCGAGCAGUCAGUGCUCGAGGCAAUAGACAUUCGGAGGAAGCACAAGUGCAAGGAUCUGAUCUGUGAAAUGAACAUCUGGCAGACGAGGCAUCAGCUGGACAUGGCGUUGCUGAAGAUCAAACAUAUCCAAAGAGAACUCUCUUAUGUCACUUCUAAAAGCGAAACGAUGAACGAGUUAGCAGACGAUGAAGAGACAGACGAACGUUACGAAUCUGAGAUGGACUCGCAAAGCAUACCUAUGCUUCAACUCAACGUCCCUGAACAUGAAACUGAUAUAUGUUGAUAGUCUAUCAUGUCGCUCAUAGUCUAUCAUGUCGCUCUUGUGGUAUGCUAAGUGUAACACAUUUAAUGUGUACCGGCUCAA